AUGCUCUCCCGCCUGCUGCCCUUCCUUUUGGCGACCACGACUGCUAUUCUCGCGCAGACCGAUCGGGCAAAGUAUCUCGCCUCGGGCGAUACUAUCCGGGGCGUCAAUCUCGGCGGGUGGCUAUUGACUGAAAGAUGGAUUACACCCUCGGUGUACAGAGGAACGGGCGCAUAUGACGAAUGGCACCUUUGCGCUUCGUUAGGCAGAUCAAGCUGUCGCAGCCUGCUCGAGCGGCAUUGGGAUUCGUUCUAUACCUACGACGAUCUGGCGGACAUCAAAGCGGCCGGGCUCAAUUCACUACGCAUACCAGUGGGAUACUGGGCGGUAGAUCUAGCUGACUAUGAGCCAUAUACCAAUGGCCAAUAUCCCUACCUGGUCCGCCUAAUACUCUGGGCUAAGAUGCUCGGCCUCUCAGCGUCGAUCGACCUCCACGGCCUCCCUGGUUCUCAGAACGGGCAGGACAAUUCGGGAUUGACGGGCGGAGUAUACUUUGCGGCGAACAGCAGUAAUACGGAUCGAGGACUCCAGGUGCUUGGGAAUCUGUCGAGGGAAUUUUCGGGGGAUCAGUAUGGCGGAGUCGUGAAGAGUAUCGAACUCAUGAAUGAGCCCAGAAUAGGAGGGUCCAGUUCUUUCUCGAUGGAUCAGCUCAAGGCAUUCUAUACAGCCGGGAUCAAGACGGUGCGCGAUUCUAGCGGGGGCAAGCUGAGCGCGACGAUACAUGAUGCCUUCUAUGGACCGUCAUACUGGAGGUACUACGACCCUACCUCCACUACCGCCUCUUCUCCUGUCAACUACGUCGCUAUAGAUACACAUCAAUACUAUGCCUUCCCGCCCCUCCAGAACCUCACCCAGUCGGUCAUCCUGCAGUCGGUCUGCAAUAUCUCAAAGAUCCUCAAGGGGACGAGCGGGAUUCCGCGCAUCAAUGUCGGCGAGUGGAGCUUGGAGACUGGUAACGCGCACGAAACAACCUCAACGACCUACGCGAACUCGCAGGAGAAACGGACGUGGUUGCGGAAACUGUUCGAAGCGCAGCUUGCGGCUUAUACCCCGAAUGGCCCAAAUCAGCCCUCUGGUGGAUGGUAUUACUGGACAUGGAAAACGGAGAACGACAUCGAUACCUGGUCAUACCGUCGUGGAGUGUGGGACGGGUAUAUUCCCAAAGACGUCUCGAACGCCUCUACUCUGGCAUUCCCGCUCAGAUCGGAUGGGUGCAUCGAUGAUACGUUUGCGUACCAGGCGCCUUCGAGACCUGGGAGUGCGCGCGCAGCUAGAAGAUGGAUAGGGUGGGCAGGGACUACGGCGGUUGGACUGGCGGUGGCGGCGAUUUGUGUGAUGUGA